ACUGAUCUUCCUUUCCUUGCAGGUUUUAAGACCCGGAGGAUACAAUGUUCACUAAACUCUUCCAACACUGGAGUUUCGCAGUGUUUCUGCUGAGCUAUUCCAUGCCCUGCUGCGGGAGAUCAGUGGAGGGGAUCAGCCGCAGACUCAAAAGGGCUGUAUCAGAGCAUCAGCUGUUGCAUGACAAAGGCAAGUCGAUCCAAGACUUACGAAGAAGAAUCUUCCUUCAAAAUUUAAUUGAAGGUGUCAACACUGCAGAAAUCCGCGCGACUUCAGAGGUUUCGCCUAACCCUAAGCCUGCUACCAACACAAAGAACUACCCUGUACGAUUUGGCAGUGACGAUGAGGGUAGAUACUUAACUCAGGAGACAAACAAAUCCCAGACCUACAAGGAGCAGCCCCUGAAGGUAUCAGGAAAGAAAAAGAAAGCAAAGCCUGGAAAACGUAAGGAACAAGAGAAGAAAAAGAGGCGAGCCCGUUCAGCUUGGAUAAAUUCUGGCAUGUAUGGAAGUGGCAUGACAGAGACCCCACUCUUGGACACCUCUGCUACUACACAUGAUCACACUUUAAGGAGGCGCUGACAUUUUCGGCAAGAGACCUUUGGAAGACAUAUUGCAGUAUUCUGUAAUAGUGAACAUAUGGGAAGUAUUAAAAUAUUUAUUACCUGUAAAUAUUGUAAAUGCUAAGAAUAAAACCUUUUCCCCCCAUUGCUCUCUGAAACUGCACAUUUGGUUAUUGUGAAUUUUCCUUUUUUUUUUUUUUUUGGCUAAGGCUAAGACAAUUAUUAUUGUCACAUUUACCAUAAUUUAUUUUGUUGACUGGUGUAUUUAUUUUGUGAAAGUAUCUUGGUGCUGCUGACUUUCUGUAUUUUUUGUAACAUAAUGCACUUUAGAUAUACAUAUCGAGUACAUUGAUAACUGACAUAAAAUGUUCCUGUUUUGUGGUUGA